ACCCACCAAGUUGAAACAAGGAGUAAUGAUAUUUUGAUAUUUGUGGUUUCGCGACGGAGAAGCAGAGGAAAGUGAAAGCAUGUGGUGAGGUGACAAAGUUGACUUGGGCAUUGACUUUCUUCGAACCCUAAUCUCAUUUCUCAAAUGAUUCACCCUUGAUUCGAUCCAUCGAACGAGACUCCGUCUCUCCAUCUCUUCCCCAAUCGCAGGCCAUGCGACCUUGCUCCUCCGCCAUUGCCCUCUCCAGAGAGGUCUCCCUUUUCAUUUUCGCUUCCCUAUCUAUCGAUUUCUCAAACCAUGCCUUCCUCCGAUGCCCAUACCGCCGCCGCCCCUAAUAUCGUCCCCAAAUGUAUUCUCUUUAAUGCCGCCUCUGGUGCUUCCGCCGGAGUUAUUGCUGCUACGUUUGUGUGUCCUUUAGAUGUUAUCAAAACUAGGUUUCAGGUUCAUGGUGUGCCCCACUUCGCUAAUGGAACUGUUAAAGGCAGUGUAAUAGUCAGCAGUUUACAACAGAUCUUUCACAAGGAGGGGUUACGUGGCAUGUACCGUGGAUUGGCUCCUACUGUGCUAGCUUUGCUUCCAAAUUGGGCGGUUUAUUUUACUAUGUAUGAGCAGCUCAAAAGCCUUCUACAUUCUGAUGAUGAAAACCAUCAUCACCUUCCGGUCGGAGCUAAUAUGGCAGCUGCUGCUGGGGCUGGAGCUGCAACUACCUUGUUUACAAAUCCACUCUGGGUUGUCAAGACUAGGCUUCAAACCCAGGGAAUGAGACCCGUUGUUGUACCAUAUAAGAGCACACUAUCUGCGUUGAGGAGAAUUGCACAUGAGGAGGGCAUACGGGGGCUGUACAGUGGCCUUGUACCUGCUCUAGCUGGUAUCAGUCAUGUUGCCAUUCAAUUCCCGAUGUAUGAAACAAUAAAAUUUUAUUUAGCAAAUCAAGAUGACGCAGCAGUUGAUAAACUUGGUGCACGUGAUGUUGCUAUUGCUUCAUCAGUCUCCAAAAUUUUUGCAUCCACAUUGACAUAUCCCCAUGAGGUUGUACGUUCCAGAUUGCAAGAACAAGGGCAUCACUCAGAGAAACGAUACUCUGGUAUGACAGAUUGUAUUAAAAAGGUUUUUCAACAAGAAGGCAUACCUGGUUUUUACCGAGGAUGUGCCACCAACCUUUUGAGGACAACACCAGCUGCUGUAAUCACAUUCACCAGCUUUGAAAUGAUACACCGUUUUCUUGUUUCACAUUUUCCUUCUGAUCCACAACCUCAUAUUUUGUGAUAUGAUUGAUAAUAGGCAUGGUCAUUUAUCAUUUAUAGCAGUAGAUCAAAAACAUUAGCAAGUCCUGACAAUGCAUAUACCAUUCUUUAUAUUUUUAGUUAUAUUAAGGUAGAUCAACACAUUGGUUUCCCUGGACAAGCUUCUGCAAGGUUAUUAUUAUCUUUGUACUAUGUAGGGAGACCAAUGGAUAAUUAUAGAUUUGAGCAUGAUAAUGACGAUAAAGAUGAUAGUGGCAUGAGACUAUGAGGAUGUCAUUUAUUUUAUUUGGAUACUGCUGAAUAAUCUUAUUUUAUUAUUUUAAAACCCCACAACUAUUGCUGCUUCA